AUGCGGUACAUUCACUCCGAGGAACGGCUGCCCAUUCCGGACAAUGUCAAGGUGAACAUUCGUUCGCGUGUUGUCACUGUCGAGGGCCCCCGCGGCAAGCUCGUCAAGGACCUCUCCCACAUCGCCGUCACCUUCGGCCGCCCCGAGGAGAAGGUCAUCUCCAUCGAGCUGCACCACGGUGCCCGCAAGGGUGUCGCUACCCUCCGUACCGUCCGCACCAUCAUCAACAACCUGAUCAUCGGUGUCACCCGCGGCUUCCUGUACAAGAUGCGUUACGUCUACGCCCAUUUCCCCAUCAACGUCAACGUCGAGAAGAACCCCGAGACCGACCGCGCUGAGGUUGAGAUCCGUAACUUCCUCGGUGAGAAGUACGUCCGCCGCAUCACUGCCCAGCCCGGUGUUGAGAUCUUCCCCUCUCCCAACGUUAAGGAUGAGCUCCAGCUCUCCGGUAACUCCCUGGAGGGUGUCUCCCAGAGUGCUGCCGACAUCCAGCAGAUCUGCCGUGUUCGCAACAAGGAUAUCCGUAAGUUCCUUGACGGUCUGUACGUGUCGGAGCGGGGCAACAUCAUUGAGGAGUAA